UUGCUGGUGCAAAGAAGUCAAGUCGAUAGAAUCGUAGAACGUAUUGUGUCAUUAUUCGAACCAGGAUGUAUUAGGGAAAGCUAUGAUGAGCUGUUGGACUUUGGUACUUCUAUGAAAGGUAUCCAACCCGAAAGCAUAAGAGAUCAGAACAAUUUCUUGUUCCGUUACCUAAUAGGUUGGAUGGGAUUGUUCUUUCAUUUUUCUACAGAAGCAGCGGAGUUGAGAUACCUGGAUCCGAAUUCUGUGAAAGUGCACAAUCCGUUGAUGGAGAAAGAGGAAACUUCCAAUUACCUGUCAAGGUUGGUGUAUAAUCCUACUUUUGGAGAAAUCGAAAAAUAUGAGCGUUUUGGAUUAUUGAAGAUGAUCUACGGAGGUGAUACGAAAAGAAUUGCUAAGAGCUGCGUUGGUUCGAAAGUUUUCAAAGAACUAGAUGACGAAACAAAGCAGACGUUACGGAAUGCAGUCGCAAAACGAAAAAUCACAAAUGAACUCCCUCGGUCUUCACGGCAGAUUGGGGGUCUCUCAAAGGUUUUUUCUUCAAUCGUCAUAGAAGGGAUCAGUAGGGAUUUAUUCCCAGAGGAGAAUAUUGAAAGCUGCAGGAAGAAUAUACGGAGUUGCCUUCAAUAUCUUAACUUUUACAAGCCAAAGAAAGACACUCAUAUAUUUGAAACGUUGGAUCCUUGCUGUGAUCCUGUGCCAGUACCGUUCAUUGAACGCUUGAAUGAACUAGGAUUGAGUAUGGAUUUUCAGAGAGCUGUCUUCUACAACUCGAUGUAUUUCUUCAAAAUAUUUUCAUUACAGGUUAUCAGGGUUUAUAGGAACUUAAUCGAGGAAGAACGUUGUACACAUAAUGAGUACAAGCACAAGCUUGCUGCAAAGAACAUAGAGUUCAUAAAUAAUAAUGUAACAACGUUCCAAUCAACUGUUGACGAGGAAGGUUCGAUAGUAAAGAACACCACAUUCCAGACACCCAGGAAAAAUCAUCCAAAUUUGAUUUCUGAAAGAGAGGAACUCAUCCUGGGAAAGUCCAAUCGGAGGUCUAUGCAGUCUGGAAUAAAUAUGCAACAAGAGGUGAGCUCAUUGUUUGUAUCUUAUGUAGCUUGA